UUUGUGUUGGUAUCGUGAAGUACCAACAGCUGUGAACUUUUUUCUCGUUUAAUAUAUUCCUCGCCCCGCCAGCAAAUAAUGAUGGUUGCUGGCUAUGAUGAGUUGCGGUGAUUGUGGGUAACGAACCAACACUUCUUCAGACGUAAAGUGUAGCUAGGUGUUCGUUAGCGCGUGACGUGUGUGCAGAGCUACUAUUUCGUGAAUUUGCUGCAUUAACAAUGCCUUUAAAGAAACGUAAGGCAAUUGGUCAAGUGCAUCCGGCAGCAAAAAAAAAGAAACAACAACGCAGACGAGAAAGGGACGCAAGACUAGCAAUGCUGCACCAGAGAGCUUCUUCAGCCAGAGCUUCCGGGACCGAGAAACUGUUGCCACCACAGGUGGGGCUGUGGCCAGACGCGGACUGCACUCCGUGGACGUCGGACGGUACCCCGAUGCUGCGGCCGCCGACGGAGACCCGGGGCUGCUGGGACGACGGGGCAGAGGUGCGGCGUGACGCGUGGGGGCGGCCGCCGCAGCCCGGCUGGGAGCGCGAGAGCGGCACUGGCCUUUACUCGUUUGUGGACUCCUUCAGCCAGUCGAUGCAGGUCCUGGGCAGCCGUACUGCGGACGACGCGGUGGGUAUCAGUGCGGAUGAAGUGCCCCCGGAUGCAUCUCCUGUCGGAUUGCCGGCGGUGCCGUACCCCGUGGCCGACUCCGUGGGGCUGCAGGAGCUGCAGAACGCGAUGGGGGCCACGGACGAGGAGAUGGCCAUCCUGCAACAGCUGGGGGGCGAGGGGCCCAUCUGGGUACCUGGCAAGGGCGAGGCUUCGGACCUGCUGUCUGCACCCAAGGUAGAGGAGGAGGAGGAGGAGGAGGAGGAAGAGGCGGACAUUGUGGACCUGGACUGCCAGCGGAGCACCCCAGACGUGUCGUCUGUAGUAGUCUCCUGCGGGGGCGGCGAGGGUGCGGCUGAGGCGGCGGUGCGUACCAGCGGGGCUCCGGCGGAAGUCGGCGAAUCGGUUCCGGACGCCUCCGGCCGGCACGCCGUGUCUGCGCCUAGAGCUGCCGCACCUGCUGCGAAGGUUUCUGCUAAAAGGAAGAGGCAGCGCCGGACGCGGCCGGCAAAAGCGACCGGCAGUGGCGGGGAGAACCUGCUGGCGGCAUACGAGGCGAAGGAGAUGGUGUGCCCGUCCUGCCACCGCUUCUUCCUGGGCAUCUCCGCCCUCCAGCAGCACGUGCGAGUGGCGCACGACGGCCGUGUCGACCCCGUCAAGAGAAGGAAAAAUCACUGUUCCUCGGUCAGCGGCCCGUCCGAGUGCGUCGCGGGCUCCGCGCUGGGUACGCCUGCCGACUCGCCGCCCCGGCUGGUCUGCCCGCACUGCCGCGAACUGCUGGUCGGGAGGGACGCGCUGGCGGCUCAUGUCGCCGAGGACCACCCGGGCAGCGCGGUGCCGACCGACUUCGCCACGUUGACGGCACCGCCGAACGGCACCACUGAAUCGGUGGGACUGAAGACGCACAUCUCGACGGCUCUCGGAGGGCUGCUGGACCGAGCCCUCAACAACCGGCCGGAGAAGGGACUCGGCUCAGGUGACUCCGCCAGACACCACCGUCGGGGCCGACAGACACCGAUGGUGCCGCCAAAGCUGUCGGCUCCGCGAGCCGAACCCAAGACCGAGGCCGGGUCGUCGUUGUCGUCGUCAGGCCGGCCGCGACGCGUGUACGACACGGAGCUCGCCAGGCGGGUGUGGCAGCAGUUGAGUUCGAGGCAGCCCCCCACCGAGUUGGAGCUGCAGCGCGCGACCGCGAGUGCCGACGGCAAAUUUGUCCUGUACCCCUACGUCUGCUUCUACUGCGAGUGCCGGUUCGAGCAGCAGAGCGUUCGGAACAGGCACAUGGUGCAGGCGCACAAGAACGAGAUCAUCACCUCCAAGGCGACGCAGUUGGAGCCCGAUGCCAACCCGGAUGACGUAUCUGCCAGUGAAGACUCCGACCACAACUGCGGCACCGACUUCGGUGCGUCACGAGGACUACCCGCGCGCGGUGGAGCGGAAGGUGGCAGGCCGGAUCCCCUGCCGCGGGAGUCAUUGCCCGCGCCGCACGGGGGCCGCGACGGGGGAGUCUCCACACCUGCAUCUCCGUCCGGCGAGGAGACUGUAAAGCAGAAGGCGAUGGCGGCUCUGCGCGAGCUCGGCGUGUGGGACCGCCGGCGCAGGGGCUGCCGGGACCAGAGUGUGGGCGUUGGCCGCGGCCGCGGCCAGCAGGCGCUGCGGGACGAGUGGGGGCCACAGUUCUGUCCGGCACUGGCAGCCGCUGCGGAGUGCACCGUCGACACACCGACGCUGGUGGGAACUGACCGACUCACAUCUCCAAAGCGGGAGAUCGAGGCCGUAUUUGUCGAAGAAGCAGCUCCGUUUCUGCACAAGUGUGAGCUGCCCGACAGCCUCGAUACCGCACGGGAUCCCCUGAGCAUCGAGGAAGAGGGUGGUGCACUUGGUAAUGAUCCUCUUCCCAUUUGUGAUCUGCAGAGAAUUAAGAAAGAGGUUCUUGAAGAAGAUCCAGUAGCAGUCUCAGGGUUCGGUGUCCUUAUUAAACAGGACCCAGACUUAUAUUUAGGAGUGGAUGCAACUGAGAAUAAAGUCUACUCAAAUUUCUGAUAGGAACAACAGUACUUCAUUCGAAGAAAGUUGUCUACAAAAUAUUGCCCAUGACGAGCUGGCGACGGAAGUCGACACACUUCAUCACUUGCCGUGUUCCGACACAAAGAAUUGUCUCGCCAGAGGAUAAUUCCUUCUGCAGCACAGAUCGUAUGAGCGUGAUGGACAGUAGCUUUUCUGUCUCCAGCCGCAGUUCGUGCCUGCAGAGCUUUUCGCCAAAUAUGGCCUCCUAAUGCGUGUACUCACUCACACUGAUAAGGUAGAGUUACUGUUACUCGUCUGUAGCUACUGUGUGAAGUUUUUCUCACUGCACUCGAGGAUGUAAAACACAAGACAGGACAUCAUUGCAAUAUUUGUAAUGGUGUGGUUUAUUGUGUGUGGUGAAUCUACCAUUCAUUGCAACAGUAAGCAAAUAUAUUUAUAUUGUCGAACUCUAGUUUUGUAUCGAGUGUUUGAUUUUGUUAUCUUUGUUUUGUGGGCAAUAAUAUGAUGAUAUUAGAAUAAUGGUUACCACGAAUGCUUGAGCUCUUAACCCCUAGCUUGCGUGUGCGUGUGCGCGCAUAGAGGGUGAAUUGAGUUAAACUGAACAUUUAUUCGAGAAAAACACUGUACUGUCCAAAUUAAGUCCCAGGACAUCUCCUGGGUGCUUUCAGUAAAUAAAAUAUGUUUCUUGUAUUACAUGGAGUAUAAUAAUAAUUCUUUCUUUCUCAACUCAUCUGGUAAGUCUCGCCUGACACGCUGUUCUGGGUGACUUUUUCGGAAAUGUGUCCCUUUUUUUAGACCUCUCGUGUCCUUUGUCGUCACCCUUCUUCUUUCCCUUUCAGUCCUGCCUGAAGGAGGAGUCACUGGCUCUGAAAGCUUGCUUAAUUAUAACCUUCUUUUAUGUGUGUUUUCUGCUGCCACUCGGUGAGUAGAUUUUUUUGUCUAUUCGAUUACAUUAUAUUGUCAAAAAUUGUUUUCAAUGUUAAAUAAACAAAUGACUACUAAUUCGUGCUAUAAGCUCCUCACAUAUUUGAAUUUCGUCUGGUCAAAUAACCUGUUUUUCUUGCAUAAAUUAUGUUAUUGGUUUACAUUUCCUCAACAACAUUAUGAUGAGUUGUAUUGAAGAUAUGCAGAGACCACAUUUAGUUAAGUUCACCCUUAUUUGGUGCUGCAUGUGCAUCCAAUUCAGUGAAAUAAAUUGAUUGAUACUUAAACAAGUACGGAAAAAAUAGUGUUAGGUUUAUGUUUUCUUUUUUUAAAAUUACAUUCGUUGUAACUGUUAUCGACAUUGAAUGUUUCGAAGCUAUCUUUGAAACUAAUCUUGUUAUUGCUCACUUUAAGCUGUAAACAUUAUGUGUAAAGUAUUUCUGUACAAACAGUUUAAUUUUGCAAAAGAUUUUGCACUAAUAGGACUGAUUUUUGUAAUUUUCUUCUUUAUGUAGAAUGAGUAAAUUGGUUGAUACAUUAUUAUGGAUAUUAUGGGCAUUACUUGAGUAAAAUUAAGGUUUUAUACAAAGUGACUCUUAUACAAUCAGUAAAUUUCUGACAGCUCAUGACACACAGCCUUCCUCGGCCUUGUCCCAAAUCCUGACACAUACUCACAAGAAAGCCGAAGACUUCCCAGCACCAGCCAAAAGUUCUGAAGAUGGCUUGUACAUAAGCCGAAACUGGUUAAUAAAGAAGUGUUAUUGCGAUCGCAA